GUACGAAGUGAGUCAGUCAGGGCCACAGAAACAUGUGAGUGACGUCACUCGAGAAUCUUAAUCCUCCGCCGUCAAAAAUGCUAUCCAGACGAGCAGCCACUAUUCGAGCCUCCGCGGGAUUCCCACAUCGCCGAUCGGUUCUCUGUAAUAGAAAAUGUCUUCUCCGUUCGUCAAGACUUAUCUUUUUGCUUACAAUUUCCUCCAAGCUUCUUCAUGGACGAUUUCGCUUCUCAGUAUCUUCAGCGGCUGUUUAUCGAGCAAGGCGAUCAAUGGCGCUUACGCUUCUGCUGGACACUUGAUAAGUGUGAUGCAAUUUGCUUCUGUUGUUGAAGUUCUUCAUGGAGCCAUGGGAAUAGUCCCGAGUGGAUUCUUGUCUCCGCUGAUGCAAUGGAGUGGAAGAACCCACUUCAUAUUGGCCAUUGUUGGACAGAUCAACGAGGUCCAGGAUUCGCCAUGGCUGUCAAUAACGCUUGUAGCUUGGUGUCUCGGCGAGAUGAUCAGAUAUCCUCACUAUGCUUUAACAUGUCUCGGUAGAUGUCCCUAUUGGCUAACUUAUCUCAGGUAUACAGGAUUCAUCAUGAUCUAUCCAACGGGGCUAAUGGGUGAACUGUUGAUCAUGUACAAAGCGCUUCCAUAUGUUAAAGAAAGGAACCUCUACGCAAAUUUCUUCUCUGUUUUCCCCUUCAGUUACUAUGAAUUCCUUUGGGCCGUGCUCUUGGUCUACCCGUUCCUUUGGUUGAAGCUUUAUCUCCAGCUGUUCAAACAAAGAAAGUCCAAGCUUGGAAAAGCAGAGAAACAUCACGGCAAGAGAAAGAGAAUGUGAAAGUGCAUUCAGUCAUCUCCUCAGAUAUGUAUCUUAUCUUUGAAUUUGUGCACUGAUUUGUCCCCAAAACGCAGUUUCAGACUUGAAGUACUUACUGUUUUGAAUUAUGAACUACGUCCUUAAAAAACAAAAGAAAAACCAGAAAGAGUUUCAUCUUCAGUCAAACUAAUUAAUGAAUUUAGUUUUUGGUCGAUCGAA